ACCAACAGGAGUGAGGUGAUGUUGUUGAGAGAAUUUGAGAGCUCCAUGAUGAAAUCAGCUUUAGAGAAUCACCGAACAUCUGUGCUAUGUUGCCUUGUGACCGCUUUGCUCACUCCGAAUAUCAUCAUCACUUGGCAUUCAUCCCAGGGACGGGUGGAAGCCGGUCAGACCUGGGUAUCUGACGCUAACGAAAGGUUCACUGCAGGAUGCCGACUACAAAUAAACGUGACAACUGGCAAGGACUCCCAAAUUUCCCCAAAUGCCGAGGAGCACAGGGAGGAGUGGUGGUGUGAGGUGCAGCAGGGAGAUUUCACAUUGAGAAGUGAAACGUCUUCAAUUUACACAACUAAAGUGUCCGAGGGGUGUCCUGCUGUCCUGUACUCCGCUGUGGCACUCAUCUCGCUGUGUGUUCUGUCCCUCGUCCUGCUCACCUCUCACUGGAUCCUCUACUUGCGCAAAGGUGCAGGAGCUUCAGUCACCAGUGCUACCACGUCACCGUCUCAGGAUGAUACAAGCUCAGGAGUGAGAUUACAGCUCAACGAACCUCCCACACCCAGAAGACAAUCUGCAAAUGCAGGUUCGGAAGUGUACAGCAUCCUAAAAUUUCCAGCUGUCAGCGCCGUGUCCUCAUCUUCUCACCAGAAUGAUACGUCAACCAGUGUGACAUACGUUUCCGUAGACUUUCAACGGCCACCAAGGCCCGGGAGACGACGCAAGGAGAACAACCGAGAUCGGCAGAUUGACAUAUGCAGUGCAGUUCAUUUUCACUAAACUUGUUGUGAAUGCUCUUGUGAUAAAAAAUCAAUUAAACAAAUUAGCACAGAAA